AGUCUACAAAAAGUACUGAGGAAGUAACAGCUGACGGCAAGCUUCAAAAAAACACAACGGAAGGACGCAUCUAAAUAUGCAGCCACCACCUAGAAAGGAGAUCCAAGAGGUGAAGCUGGUGUUUUCAGAGCAGCUCAGCAAACUGCAGACCAAACAGCAUCAGGACAUCGAACUGCUGGAGGAGAUCAGGUCCUUCAGUAAGCAAAGAGCCGCCAUAGAGAAGGAGUAUGGUCAGGCUCUUCAGAGAUUAGCGAUCCAGCAUCAAAAGAGAGACUGGCAAAGAGGAACGACGGACGCCGUCACAUCUGGGAGCGUGUUUUGCGCGUGGCGCUCUCUGGUCGAUGCCACAGCUCAAAUCGCAGCAACUCGACUGUCUGCUGCCGAACAGUACCGCAAUCUGACCGGUCACGCCUCCAGGAGUCUCCACAACGCCAAGGACGUUCGCGUGAAGAGGGGCCUGGAACGACUUCAGCGGGUGCAGGGUGAAGUGCUGGAUGCACUACGGGAGCUGCACGGGGUCAAAAAAAGCUACCAUCACCUCAUUCACAUCACUGAUGUGGCCAGAGAGAAAGCUGCUGAUGCACAGAUCAAAGCCAGGAAAAGUGAACAUGGGAUCUUCCACUUCAAAACAGGGAUACAGAAGAUGAGCGCUAAACUGAAUGCCAGGCUUAAAGAGUGUGAUGACCGUUUGACCGAAAUCCGUAACGAGUACUUGCUGACCGUGGCUGCGGUCAACGCCCAUCAACAGCACUACCACUCACAUGACCUACCACUCAUUAUGAAGCAGAUGGAUGGGGAUAUUUAUGAUGACCUAAGGCACCACUUUACCUUGUUGUGUGGGACAGAAAUGGACGCCUGCUUGACCAUACAGAAGCGGUUCAUCAGCACAUGGGACAGUGUAACCAAGGUGACCAGAGACAGAAAUGUUCAAGAGUUUCUCCAAGAAUCAAUUUCCUUCAGUAAAACACCAGAUUUCACCUUCCAGCCUGCUCCACGGGACAAGGUUUCUUCUCUGCAGGAUAGCAGCACGACUGGGGAGGGGGGCUGUCUGGUCAAGGAGGCCAAGAAAUGGGCCACCAAGGCUGCAAAGGACCACAAGAUAGUUGCUCAUGGAGAGCGAGUUCUGCAGAUGUUGGAGAGUCGACUGCAGCUCCUGUCAGGAGAGACCGGCCUCAGUGUGGAGCAGAAAAUCGCAGAAGUUCAGGAGAGUGUCAGAAAAGCCAAGCUCAGCAGAGUGAAGGCUGAGGCCCGCCUGGCUCUGCUGUCAGAGAGCGUCAGUGGAACUGAGCGCUGGUUCCACGCCGCCAUGAAGCAGGCCGAGGAGGAGCUGGAGAGGGAGAGGCGCCUCAGUGAGCAGAGGAGGUCAACAGAAGAUUUCACAGAGGAGGAGUUUGAGCUCACCGACUUUGAGGACUAUAACGAUGACAACGGAGACAUUUUUGCAGAGCCGAGUUCUUCCUCUGGAGUUUGCGUCGUCCCUGCAGCCUGCAGAGUUCUCUACAGCUUCCAGGCCGGCCAAUCAGAUGAGCUGUCAAUUAACGAAGGGGAGGAGCUACAGGUGAUUGAAGAUGGAGAUAUGGAGGAUUGGCUAAAGGUGUGUAACUCGUGUGGUCAGGUGGGUUAUGUCCCCGAGCGCCACGUGCAGUUCCUGUGUUCACCAGCAGGGGGUGCCCCUCAUCUGAACUGUUCACUCAGCUCCAAGUCCUCCGCCGGGAUCACAGAGGGCAGAGGUGUAGCCAGAGCUCUGUACUCCUACCAGGGUCAGAGUGCAGAGGAGCUUUCCUUCCAGGAGGGGGCGCUCAUUCGUCUAACUCGUCGCCGCGGGGCAGUGGAUGAUGGAUUUUGGGAGGGAGAACUGGAUGGCCGGAUUGGUGUCUUCCCAUCUCUGGUUGUAGAGCUUCUCCAGGAGGAAGAGGAGGAGCUGCAGGAAAAAGAUGAUGAAGAAGUGAAACAGACUCACCAAAGUCCAUCUAAGUCUUCCAUCUCAACCCGUCCACCAAUGUCUUCACCUCCUGGUGGCAGUUCACAAGCUGGUGCUACUUCUGCUGGUGGCGAUGAGACUGAAGAGUCAGUUCCUGUGGUGAUUUCGGACCUUGAAGGCCACACUUCAGGUAGAUCUGAUUCAUAUUUGUGUUUCUUUAAUACAAAUGUAAAAGGUGACGGAAUUUAUUUUGCGUUCCCUCAGAAGCUUCUGUCAAGGUUCAAACUCCUGCACAGAUCCCCAGUGGUCGAAUAAAACCAGUAUGUCUCUGAUUUACAAUUACUCAUGAAGGCAACACAGCUUAGUUGAAACUAACGGCUCAUUUCUGUCUGCUGUUUCAGUGCAGAGCGCCUCCUCUUCCUCCAGCAGAAACACCUUCUUCAACUCAGCAUUGAGACUGCAGGGAAGUUUCAUUGGUCACCACAUGCUUGCUUGGAGUUCUGUUUUAAAACGAAACAUUUUUCUGACUUAUUGGAUCAACUGAAGCUUCAGCAUGGAACAGCAAAACCCAGGAAAACUCCAAGAGCACCUAGCUGCAAACAAAACGGCGGACGGAGCUCCAAACCUGCCUCAGAUGGGACCAUUGUCUGUAUCUGAGAACUGGACUGAGUAA